AUGUCAAGCUCUGAGGGUAAUUCCAAAAAAUCCACAACCAGGUCAAAUUCAGAUACACAUUCACGCAUUGACAGCAUUAGUAGCAAUUUAUCUGGAGAUGCAGUAAACACAAGUGGUGAGUUGCGGGCUAACUUUGCCUCUUCGGAUCCCGCAGGAUCAUCAAAUCAGGAAAGCAAAUCACAUAAUGAGGGCAAGAAACUACAAUCGUCACCAUUGUUGUCGUCCACACCACCUGUUGUCUCAAAGGCACUUGUCAGAUCAUACCCAUAUUUAUUGAUAAUUAAUAAAAUACUAGCAAUUGCCACUUGGACCAAUGACGAUUAUUGGGUUAAUGUGGUGAUUGUAUGUUUAUAUGCAUUUGCAGUAUUAUAUUUUGAAAACUUGGUGACGUGGGUCGGUCAUUUGAUAGUUGUCGGGGUAAUAACUUUAUUUGCUUUAUUGAACGAAAAGAUAAUUGAGGAAACCCAGGUGAGCCCCACUUUAGAUGAUGUGGUGCACGCUUUAACUGCAACAUGCAUCAAAGCAGACUUGUUGAUCCUUCCCAUCACUUCCUUGUCAUUGACUGCACACGACAUCAAAAGGCUUUUAUUUACGACAUUGUUCCUUACUCCUGUUUACUUGAUUGUCACCUUUUUAUUGAUCAAGCCUCGUAUUAUAUUAUUAUUCACUGGAUUGUUUUUACUCACAUACCACUCAUCCUAUUCAGUUGUACUUAGGAGAAUCAUUUGGAAGAUUAAAGCUGCCAGAACUAUCUGCUUUUACUUGACUGGAUUGGACUUGUCACAAUCAAGAAACAGUUCUUUAUUUGCUGCUGCGUUUGCCAAAGUACAGCAAAAGAAUGAAAAUAUCGACAACAAGUCUUCUAAACCAGUUAGAUUUACUUAUGUUAUUUAUGAGAAUCAGAGGAGGUGGCUAGGCAUUGGAUGGACCUCAAAUCUAUUAUCAUAUGAAAGAACUCCAUGGACUGAUGAGUUUUUAAAUGAGAGCAGCUCGGUCGACACAUUUAAACUACCAAAUGCCGCAACAGAUGACACUAACUUGUCGACUGAUCCUAAUUUACAAGGAGCAACCUGGAGAUGGGUAGACAAGACUUGGAGAUUAGACUUGACUAAUGAUGGAGCAAUCACCUUGCCUAGUUCAAAGAGAUCAAAGACGACAGCCAAUCCGUCAUCAGAUGAAGGGUAUAUUUACUACGAUAAUGUGUGGAAAAAACCAUCCACUGAAGACACUUUUUCAAAAUACACAAGAAGAAGGAGAUGGAUUAGGACGGCCGAGUUGGUGUACAAUAACAGUAACAAAACAUCGAUAGAAGAAAGCUUGGAUAAUAUCGAUGAUUCCGUUAAAUCCACUGGAGCAAGUACACUGACUACCAGCCCUUCAAAAACAAAGAACUUGAGAUUUGCAGAUGUGCCAGAAACGAAAGAAUCGAAUGUUAAUGAAGGUGUAGAAAGCACUGAUAAGAAGAAUAUAUAG